AGCCUUUCUCUCUCUGAAAUCUCACUCACUCUCACUCCCUCUCUCUCUCUCUCUCUCUCUCUCUAAAAUUUAGGGCAAAAUCCGCUGCAGAUCGAGAGCAUUUGCAGCGGAUUAGGGUUUAUGAUCAGGAGUUUUCCAAUGCAAAUUGCCUCGAUUUACUGCAUUUCCCUGUGUUUUUUCUGGUUGCGCCUUCUUGAGUGGAGAUUUUCGGAAGGUUUUUUGCAGAAUUCAUCUGUUUCGCUGGCGAUAAGUUAUUCUUGUAGUUGAUCAUGUUUUGGGAGGCAUAUUUUGGAGUGAGAGUGCGUUUUGGGACAUGUGGAUGCACUUUGCACUUGAGAAGUGAUGGCCGGUGAUAGGACAAAGAGGAAUGCUACUAUCGAGAGUAGUAGAAAUCAAGUCACUGCUCCGGCCCUUUCUGAUGGGAGCAGUGAGACUGCAAAUAAUUUGCGGUUAAAUUCACAUGGGAGGACCAGUGGUCCUACAAGACGUUCGACUAAGGGUGGUUGGACGCCAGAAGAGGAUGAAAUAUUGAGGAAAGCUGUUCACUACUAUAAUGGAAAGAAUUGGAAAAAAAUAGCUGCCUUUUUUACCGAUCGCACCGAUGUCCAAUGCUUGCAUAGGUGGCAAAAGGUUUUAAAUCCUGAUCUUGUGAAAGGGCCAUGGUCAAAAGAAGAGGAUGACAUGAUUAUUGAGCUUGUACGGCAACAUGGGGCCAAAAAAUGGUCAACCAUUGCACAAGCAUUACCUGGACGGAUUGGAAAGCAGUGUCGUGAAAGGUGGCACAAUCAUUUGAAUCCUGCAAUAAGCAAAGAGGCAUGGACUCAACAGGAGGAGUUGGCACUCAUCCGUGCUCAUCAACAGUAUGGAAACAAGUGGGCAGAGUUGGCAAAAUUCUUACCUGGAAGGACAGACAAUGCAAUCAAGAAUCAUUGGAACAGCUCCUUAAAAAAAAAGCUAGCUUCAUAUGUGGCCUCUGGUUUACUUGGUCAGUUUCCUGGCUUCUCUCACGUGGACCCAACUACCCUAUGUGUCCCAUCCUCCUCUUCUACAUGGAAUCAACCAACCACAGGGGAUGAAAGUCUCAAGGAUGCAGUUGGAGUGGAUGAUAUGUCAGAAUGUAGUCAAGGAUCAGUUUCAGUUGGGUUCUUCCAAUCUGAACCUUGUGGUUUGGCUGAUACAUCUGUUCAAGCCAUUCACCAUGCAUCGGAGUUGUUGAAUAUAUCAGAUGAAGCUAACAAGAAGGAUGCAACUGAGUAUCUUGCAUCGCCAUGUUCAGAGGAUUAUUACAUACCUGCCUUGCCCGAAGCUGAAUCCGAAGUUCCUGAGGAAGUUGACGGGCAUGAGGAUGGGUAUUCAGUUGGUGAUGCUUGUGGGAUGAACUCCAUUGAGGUGUCAAAGACAACUUUAUUGGAAAGAGAUGAGGAAUUGUCUGGACCAUUGAAAACAUCAAAUAUAAAGGAUUCUGUUCUCUCACAAUGUACUGAUUACUUCCGUUCACCUACUACACCACAAAGAAAUAUAUCGAGUCCUGAUAAACAUGAAAAUGAAGUCUUCAUGGUACCUAAUAAUGGUAUUGGAAGCAAGUUUUCUGAGACCAGAGGAGAGCAUGGAGGGUACAGAAUUUCUGAUAUUAUUGAUUUGCAUGGUUGCAUGAUUUCAUAUUGCGGUAGUGCUAAUAUUGGAUCAAGUCAGAUGCAAAAUCCACGGCUCGAUAAGGGUGAUGUUUGUUGUCCCAUUGCUCCUAAUGACGAGUUUUUGAAGCCACAUAAUGAAACUGAAGCUCCUGCACAGAUUGACACAAACAUGUCAAAUUUGGUAUCAGAGGAUAACUGUAGAACACAUUCUCGUGGCAUUGAUGAAAAUCAUAGACCACAUUCUGAAAAAUUGGAUUCUGAAGCUUUGUUUUAUGAGCCACCUCGAAUUCCAAGUUGGGACCUACCCUUUGUCAAUUGUGAUCUGGUAGCAUGUGGAGGUGAUCUCCAACAAGCAUAUAGCCCUCUUGGUAUUCGGCAGCAAAUGAUGUUCUCUUCCAUUGAGUGUUCUACGCCUUAUCGCCUAUGGGAUUCUCCUUGUGAUACAAGUCCAGAUGCUGUUUUGAAGAGUGCGGCUAAAAGCUUUGGUUCUACCCCUUCCAUUUUAAAGAAACGGCCACGCGAUCCUUCAACACCUGUACUGGAAAUGAAGCGUGACAAUGAACCAGGGAGGGAAUUGAAUCGUGGAUUGUUUUCUACACCCUAUCAUGAUAAAUGCGAGAGUUCAUGUUUGGAUGAGAAUGGUGCUUGUAGGUCUUCAUUCGGUGGUGAGGGAUCUCACAUGCCUUCUCCACAAUAUCGUUUGAAAAAGAAACCCAUGGCUUCUAGUAAACUUAAUGAUACUCAUUUUGUUCGAGAUCUAAGAGAUGAAGGUAGCUCUCUGGAUGCACAAUUGGAUUUCUGUAAUUCCAAGAAUGAGGUAAAGCAAGUCACUGAUAAGAUGGCUAACUUGGAAACUUCUGAUGAGAACCGAACAAUGCAACCUUCUGGAGUUCUUAGUGCACAUAAUGUCAAUGAUAUACAGCUGUUUUCCCCAACUGGAGAUGAAUGUCCAAUAAAUAGACCCCUAAAAGGUUGCACUAGGACUCCAAGGUCACAUUUACGCAAACACAAGGAGAUAACACUCAGUCAAGUGGACAGAAAGGGUCGUUACGAUCAUGCAUUUGAGAGUUCUUGUUUAUCUUGUUUCGUGUCUCCUAGUUUAUGUGAUAGAAAACACGAUCCUCGAAUCUCUGGGCAGAAGGGGAUACCAAGUAACAAGGAAGAUGUCGAAAACAUUAGCAUAUUUUGCAAUACUCCUGGUAUUAAGAGAGGCAUUGAUUCCCCUUCAGCUUGGAAGUCCCCAUGGUAUAUAGAGGACCUAGAUUUCUUCAUGAGUCCAGGGGAGAAGAGUUAUGAUGCUAUUGGAUUAAUGAGGGAACUGAGUGGGCACACUGCCGCUGCACUGGCUGAAGCUGGGGAAAUUUUAGCUAAUGGGAAUAGAGACAUGUGCUCAUCUCCGGCCAAAGAAAACGGGCCUAUCAAUCAGAGCCAUAUCAAAGAAACUACACAAUACCCCGACAAUGAAUUGUUGAAUCUUAUUCCAUUGCCAGAUAGUGCCCUGUUUUGUUCGGAGGCACGGGUUUUGGAUUUUAGCGGGUGUGAUACUCCUGGUAAAGCAUCAAACACCAAAGAAAAUGGGGUUGGGGGAAAUAAUCAAUGGUCAAGUUCAAUCAACUUGUCAAGCCCAUCUUCAUAUCUAAUGAAAGCAUGUCGUUAAUUUGUCAGAUACUUAUAGACAUGCAUCUCUGGUCAGGUUUGAUGGUAUUAAAGCAGGUAAAAUUUUAUUGAUAUAUUUUUUAUCCGCAUUUUUUGCUGGGCUUGUUGCUGAUUAUUUAGAGACAGAGGGAACUGCUCUUGUUUUAUUGGAUUUUCUUGGUAAAGCCCUGGGGAUGUUGUAUCUAGCGAGAAUGAGCCCCAUAUCGAACAGAUUUCAGAGUGUGUAUUAUUAUAAUUCUUCUAUGUAAGGUGCAUUCUUUUUUGCUUC